AUGCAGUCCGUCGUGCGCCAGCGCCUGACCUCCCGCUCCGCCGCCCGCUCGGGCUCGCUGCUGCGCCGCGCGGCGUCCGCCAAGGCGGCGGCGCCCGAGCCCGUGUUCGAGAAGCGCGACGGCUCCAAGGGCGAGAUCAACAGCGCGCGCGCGUUCAUCGACUUCAAGCGCCAGGCGGACCCGUACCGCGACGUGAGCGAGCGCGUGCACGACUGGAACGAGAUCAACUCGGGCACGCGCGACCCCACCGAGCGCAAGAUCCAGGCCGCGCGCUGCAUGGACUGCGGCACGCCCUUCUGCCAGACCAACACGGGCUGCCCCGUGAACAACCUCAUCCCCGAGUGGAACGAGCUCGUGUACCGCGACGAGUGGAAGGAGGCCAUCGACCGCCUGCACAAGACCAACAACUUCCCCGAGUUCACGGGCCGCGUGUGCCCCGCGCCCUGCGAAGCCGCGUGCGUCGCCGGCCUCGUGGACGACCCCAUCACCAUCAAGAACACCGAGUACGCCAUCGUGGACCGCGCCUUCGAGGAGGGCUGGAUCGUGCCCCGCAUCCCGCGCCGCAACGGCCUGCGUGUGGCCGUCGUGGGCUCGGGCCCCGCCGGCCUCGCCACCGCCGACCAGCUCAACCAGAAGGGCUACCACGUGACGGUGUACGAGCGUGAGGACCGCAUCGGCGGCCUGCUCAUGUACGGCAUCCCCAACAUGAAGCUGGAGAAGAAGACGGUGAACCGCCGCGUGGACCUGCUGCGCGAGGAGGGCAUCGAGUUCGUCACGAACGCCGAGAUCGGCGUCUCCAUGCCCGUGGAGAAGCUCCAGGCCGAGAACGACGCCGUCGUCCUGGCUCUGGGCUCCACCGUCCCGCGCGACGUGGACAUCCCCGGCCGCCACCUCAAGGGCGUCCACUUUGCCAUGGAGUUCCUCACCAAGAACCAGAAGCGCCUCCUGCUGACGGUGGACGGCAAGCUCCAGAGCGGCUGGGACCGCAACUUCGUCACGGCCGAGGGCAGGGACGUCGUGGUCAUCGGCGGCGGUGACACGGGCACGGACUGCAUCGCUACGUCCAUGCGCCAGCGCUGCAAGUCGGUCGUGAACCUGGAGCACAACCCGCAGCCCCCGGCUCAGCGCGCGCCGCACAACCCGUGGCCCGAGUACCCGCGCAUCUACGGCGUCGACUACGGCCACGCCGAGGUGCGCUCCGUGUUCGGCGAGGACCCGCGCAAGUACGCGCGCGUCACGAAGGCGUUCAAGGGCAACGACAAGGACGAGAUCACGCACGUGGUCACGGUCAUGGGCGAGAAGGACCCCAAGACCAACUUCAUCACCGAGAUCCCCAACACGGAGGAGGAGAUCCCGUGCGACCUGGUGCUGUUCGCCAUGGGCUUCGUGCACCCCGAGCAGAAGAUCGCGGAGUCUCUGGGUCUCGAAGUGGACCAGCGCCGCAACAUCCGCGCUGCCUACGGCGACUACCAGACGUCGGUGGAGGGCGUCUUCGCCGCUGGUGAUUGCCGUCGUGGCCAGUCUCUGGUGGUGUGGGCCAUCAACGAGGGCCGCGGCGUCGCGGACGCUGUGGAGAAGUACUUCCUGCAGGAGGGUUUCCAGCCGGAGGUCUCCCAGAACCAGCGCUUUGGCUAAGUCGUGCCUCAGACGAGAGUAUGUACCGGUAGACCUGCAUCGAUGCCCUAUGAAGGCGCCCCCUGCACCCGACGUCACGGCGCCUAGCCUAGCUGGAAGGAAGCAGCAGAGACCGCCUCGCGCAGCGAGCAGAGCGAUGUAAAGAUGAGGGAUAAUUAUUCUAAUACACGGAGAGGUGAAUCCGCUG